AUGGAGCCAGAAUGGCCAUGUUUGAAGAAGGGCAAUGAUAGGCCAGCUUCGCGAGAGGGUAGAAUUGUUGACACGCGAACAGAGAACGUUAAAGGUAAUGGGGGAGGUACUGCAACUAUGAGACCGCUGGGUCAGAAUAGAGUUGUUAAGGAUGCUGAUGUCUAUAGAGGAAGCUCUGGAGACGCAGGGGCUGUUCGGGUGGGAGAAGUCAUGGUUCCGUUAGGCGCACGUAACGAAAAAGUAGUGAAGAAGAAGGAAGUGCGUAGCUAUAGGACGGAGCCCGAAGAUGUGGCCUGGGCACAAAAUGGUUUAGUGGCGACUAUCCUUAAUGGUGAGGCGGUCCCAGUCGUGCAGAGGAGAAUUUUGGACGCAGGUUUUAACGAUGUCAUUCUCAUUCCGAUGGGGGCGGACAAGGUCUUUGUCCGGAGUCCGUCAGGCUUUGAUGUGAAGGCAAUCAUCAACUCGGCUAAAGAGUUCUUUCAGCUUAUCCUCUCGAGCUGGAUUUGUUGGGAUAACCAAGCGCAGGACUAUAGAAGAGGCGCUUGGGUACGUUUGUAUGGUAUUCCGCUGCAAGCCUGGAACGAGAAUUUCUUCAAGUUAUGCGUCUUUGACUGCGGCAGGUUAUUACGAGUGGACACUGACUCGAUGGAAAAGGAGCGUAUUGAUUUUGAGCGUGUUUUGAUAUCAACACCUAAUCUGGAAAUUGUUAAUACAGACGUGACUGUAUUGGUGGAUGGCAUCCAAUAUGAAGUGAAAAUAGUGGAGGAAUGGGGUUACACUCUUGGGGAGGAUAAUUGUCUCUUUGGGGACGAAGAUGAUUCAGUGACAUCCCACUCAGAUCACGUAGAGGGACAGGGUGAUCCGGAAGCUAAUCGUCAUCUUGACACUAUGGUCGCGAAUUUUACAAAAGGGAUGAACGUAGAAGAUGACAUAGGUUCACAGGUGAAUUUUGAUUUCUCUAAUUUAGGAGGAGGUGUGGAGGGCGGGAGUAAGAUUGUUGGAGAGAUCGGUGUUUCUUUUUCCACUAGGGUCAAAGAGCAAGUAGAUCGAAGUAAAGGAAGCGCCUCUGCAUCUGGAGGUUCUCCUAUUUCGAAAGGAAGUCAGGGUAGUAUCUCGAUUUGCUCGCCAGCGAAUGAGAGUGGGUGCUUUGUCGGCAUCAAAGGGAGUGAUGGGCCAAUUUUGUAUCCAUCUAAUGGUAAUCGUGCUUUAUCUUGUCCACCAGGAGCGACACGUUCUUUGUUAUCGGGGCCAUGGAGUUGGGAGUGUUUGAAUGACCUUAAUCAUAAGGAUGUCGGAGUGAUAUUCUCUGCUAGUAAAGGUCCCCGUAAAAAAGUUGGCACUGGUGAAGGCUUAAAGAAGAGCGUCCAGGAGGAUCCUAAGCGGAGAAAAGGAGGGGGAGUUUUUCGGCAUACGGUUUCUAGUCUUAAGAAAGUAGCCAGAAUGCCUAGUAAGGAUCGUGCUGAGGCAUUAAGAGCGGUAAAAAAGAUGGAGCAAAGUCGUCGAGACGGUGUAGGGGCAGUCAAUAAGGGUGGAGAACGUCACCCAACUUCUUCCAAUGUGUCGCCUUCGACGACUUCAAAUGAUUGGAAGCACUGGGUAGUUAUGCAGGGUAAUGAUAAGGUGGCUGCAGAUGAUGUUCGAAUGGUAGGGGAAGCUUUAGGAGUUCAGAUCAAAGGUGAGUCUACAAAUAUGUUUAGUGUGCUUGCACGGAAGGGCAAACCAAAGCAGGCGUUGUCGGGUCAGACGCAGGGAGUAGGGCGUGGAAAUUCUUCUUACGGGUACUCCUAUCGUCCUUCGGUGGGUGCUUCAGGAGGGCUGUUAACUUUAUGGGACACAGCUGAAGUGGAGGUAUGGUCGUCUGGGAGUUCUGAGAAUGUAUUGUGGUGCCAUGGUCUCUUCGUUAGGUCUGGUGAGGAGUUUUAUUUAGCCAAUGUUUAUGCGCCUUGCGAUUCAAGGGCUAAACAGGUUUUGUGGGACUCUUUGUCUGUAAAAAUUCAGGCGUUAGGAAGGUCUAGGGUGUGUGUCUGCGGGGAUUUUAAUGCUGUCAGAAGUGUGGAAGAACGUCGUUCUGCCAACGACGGGUAUCGCCCCUCAGACCACAUCCCUUUUAAUCGUUUUAUUGAUGACAAUACCUUGAUUGAUUUACCGUUGUGUGGGCGAAAGUACACCUGGUUUAAAGGAGACGGGCGUUCCAUGAGUCGUUUGGAUAGAUUUCUGUUGUCUGGGGAGUGGUGUUUGACUUGGCCUAAUUGUACGCAGGUAGCCAGGAUGAGAGGGCUUUCUGAUCAUUGUCCUUUGGUUCUGACUGCAGGCGAGGAGGACUGGGGACCCCGCCCUUCGAGGAUGUUGAAAUGUUGGAAAGAUAUUCCUGGGUACCAUUUGUACGUGCGUGAAAAGUGGAACUCCUUUCAGAUCGAUGGUUGGGGAGGUUUUGUGCUUAAAGAGAAGCUUAAAUGGAUUAAGACGGUCUUGAAAGACUGGCAUUCCUCUCACACUCAGAAUCUGCCAAGUCGGAUUGAGUCUCUAAAAGACCGGUUGGCAGUCCUUGAUGAGAAGGGGGGAGAGGAGGCUCUAUCUGAGACUGAGCUAGCGGAGCUCCAUGGGGUUUCGAUGGAAAUUCAUUCUCUUUCUCGGUUGAAUGCUAGUAUUUGUUGGCAACAGUCUAGGUCGCGGUGGCUCAAAGAAGGGGAUGCUAAUACCAAGUAUUUUCAUUCAGUCCUUGCGAGUAGGCGGAGGGGUAAUGCUAUUUCGUCGCUGCAGGUGGAAGGUACUAUUGUGGAGGGAGUGUCACCCAUUAGGCAAGCGGUUUUUUCUCACUUUGCGUCUCACUUCAAGGCCAUUAAUGUGGAAAGGCCGCGGGUAGCUAAUCUUAAUUUCAAACGGUUGCAGGCGUCGGAGGUGAGUGGGUUAAUCAAGCCUUUUUCUGUGGACGAGGUAAAGGCAGCUGUUUGGGACUGUGACAGUUACAAAAGCCCGGGCCCCGAUGGGAUUAAUUUUGGUUUUAUUAAGGAUUUUUGGGCUGAGAUGCAAGGUGAUAUUAUGCGUUUUAUUACGGAGUUUCAUCGGAACGGUAGAUUGUCGAAGGGCCUAAAUGCUACUUUCAUAGCUUUAAUACCCAAAGUUGACAGUCCCCAAAGGUUGAAUGAUUUCCGGCCUAUCUCUCUUGUGGGAAGCCUUUAUAAGAUUUUAGCUAAGGUGUUAGCGAAUCGUCUGCGCGAGGUGAUGGGUAGUGUGAUAUCUGAAUCUCAGACGGCUUUCGUUAAGGGCCGACAGAUUCUCGAUGGCAUCCUUGUUGCAAAUGAGGUGGUGGAUGAGGCUCGUAAGUCUAAGAAGGAGUUGCUUCUUUUUAAAGUUGAUUUUGAGAAGGCUUAUGAUUCGGUUGAUUGGGGCUAUUUGGAGGAUGUUAUGGGGAAAAUGGGUUUUCCAACCCUUUGGAGGAAGUGGAUUAAAGAAUGUGUGUGUACGGCUUCUGCUUCGGUUUUGGUUAACGGGAGUCCGACUGAGGAGUUUCCUUUUGAGAGGGGUUUAAGGCAGGGUGAUCCAUUAUCUCCUUUCCUUUUUCUUUUGGCUGCAGAAGGCUUAAAUGUGUUGAUGGAAACCAUGGUGGAGCGCAAUGUGUUUUCGGGGUACAACUUUGCUGAUGAUACGUUGUUGAUGGGGACUAAGAGUUGGGCGAACGUUCGGGCGUUGCGGGCAGUCCUUGUGCUAUUCGAGUCUUUGUCUGGUUUGCGAGUAAACUUUCACAAAAGCAUGCUGGUUGGUGUUAACAUCCCUGAAUCUUGGUUAGUUGAGGCGGCGUCAGCGUUGUGUUGUAAAGUAGGAAAGAUCCCUUUCCUUUACUUGGGCCUUCCUAUUGGGGGUGAUCCGAGGCGUUUAUCUUUCUGGGAACCGGUUUUGGAUCGUCUAAAGAAUCGCUUAUCGGGUUGGAGGAGUCGAUUUCUCUCUAUUGGUGGUCGUUUAGUUUUGCUUAAAUCCGUGCUAACCUCUUUGCCUGUUUAUGCUCUUUCUUUCUUUAAAGCUCCCUCAGGUACUAUCUCUUCUAUUGAAUCUAUUUUGAUCAAAUUUUUUUGGGGGGGAAGUGAGGAUCUUAGGAAAGUGGCUUGGAUCAAUUGGAAUACUAUUUGCUUGCGUAAGGAGUAUGGGGGUUUGGGGGUUUGGCAGUUGAGGGAGUUCAACUUGGCCCUUUUGGGACGCUAUGGGGUUGAGAGAGGUAGGUUGUGUGAGGGUGGAGCGCGUGGAUCGACAUGGUGGAGGGAGUUGGCGCGCAUUCGGGAUGGAGGAGGGGAGGCAGGGAGAGGGUGGUUUAGGGAGUGUGUUUUGAGACAGGUGGGGGAUGGGUCAGACACAUUUUUCUGGACUGAUCCCUGGGUGGAUGGCAUCUCGUUGCGGGAGCGGUAUGUGAGGUUGUUUGACCUGGCAGAAAACAAAUCGGCUUCAGUGGCUGAGAUGUUUAUGCGGGGUUGGGAGGUUGGAGGGGAGGAUCAUGUUUCAGAUAGGUGGCAGUGGCGGACUGAUCUGGAGGACGGUUAUACGGUUCGUGGUGCCUAUCAGUUUUUGACGACUCAGGAGGCAGUUACUUUGGAUGCUGCGUCAGGACUUAUCUGGCACCGUCAGGUUCCUUUGAAGGUCUCCAUUUGUGUCUGGCGACUCUUGCGGGACAGGUUACCUACCAGAGCAAACCUGGUUUCUCGAGGGAUUAUAUCUACGGAGGCUCAUCUUUGUGUUUCUGGUUGCGGAGAGGUUGAGUCGGCUCAGCACUUGUUCCUCUAUUGUAGCUCUUUUGGUUCUCUUUGGUCACUGGUCAGCUCCUGGAUUGGUUCUUCUUCGGUGACUGCUCAGACUCUUUCAGAACACUUGGUUCAGUUUACGGAUUCAGCUGGUGGUUCUAGAGCUCGACGUUCUUUUAUGCAGCUCGUUUGGCAUGUUUGUGUUUGGGUUGUGUGGACCGAAAGAAAUCAUCGAUUGUUUACAGGCUCAGCAAACUCAGUGCAUUAUAUGUUGGACAAGAUCAAGACGUUCUCUUACCGGUGGUUGAAAGCGACGAGUAGCACUUUAGCUUUAAACUGCCAUAGUUGGUGGUCUAGUCCUCUGCUUUGUUUGGGCCUUGUAUAAUUUCUUUCGGUUUAUGUCUUUUGACUCUAUU